AUGUCAGGUGAAGUUCGAUGUCGAAUAUGCAAUGGAGUCUGUCCGCCCGCUAGGAGAUAUGUACUUUACAAUGCAGAAAAUGAUUAUACAUCAACAGCGAUGCUGUUUUUCAAGGCAUAUGGUUUGUCUAUUAGACGAGACAAGCCUGGAUUGUCUCGCCAUUGUUGUCGAAAUUGCCGAAAUAAUGCGAAUAGGGCCGUCGAGAAAAUUAAAAGUUAUAAGGAAAAUAUUAGUCCUCGAGGGAAAAGAAAAACAAUACCAUCCUCGCCAAAUUCGAUUAGAUCUCCACCAUCGAAAACAUCGAGACCUAACGAAAGAAAUUGUAGUUUCAGCCAGAUCAUUGCAGUUUUCCAACGACAAAGCACAGGUACGACGACAUUAUUUAAAUUUUAUUAUAAAAAGACCAGUCUUUUGCCGAAGAAAUAUGCAACUAUGUAUAUACUAACUGAAAUCGGUGUUUACUAAAUAUUGCUGGUAUGAUAUCCCAAUAUUGUCCGAGUGAGACUGUUUAAAAAUACUUUAUUUGUUAUAGCUAGAAAGUUAAACUUGUCAAAUUACACGUACGAUAAUUGCAAUUUUGCAUCGCUGUAACAAAUAAGAGUUAUUGUGACAAAUAUUGUAUUGUGACAAAAGAUAGGGUAAUUAAAUAAAUUUCUAUUUGAUACGCAAAAAUAGACAAGCUUUCUUUUACUGCAAACACUUUAAUUUUAUAUAAAUAUAAUGUGGUCGUCAUAAAGUGCUUUACUCCUGGUCUUGCAGCCUUGGAUGUGUUAAUUAUUGUAAUUUUUGCACUAAUAUUUUAACACAAAAUUAGGACGAAUAAUCCAUAAACUUAUUACAGACAAUUCACGCCAUUAAACCAAAAAUAUGAAGAAGUAGUAUACAUUGUAGAGGAGAUAACCGAACGUAUUUACUGUGUAGUUUCAUCAUCUUGUGUUUCUUUAUAUGACUUCGAGGGUGUAAUUAUCUAAAUGUUUGUUAUCAUGUUCAUUUAGCCAUCCCAUUCUAA